CAGCGGCAGUGGGCUUGCCCGCUCUCCCCUAUAUGGCUGUGGAUGGAGCGCUAUGCUAAUAUCGGCAGGACAGGAGAAGCACUGCUCAGCUGCCUGCUGUCAGUGGUGGCUUUCGGAGUCUAGGCAGGCUCUUCUACAGCCAUGGCCGAAGGUGGUGAAGGGGAAGAUGAGGUUCAGUUCUUACGAACUGAUGAUGAGGUGGUACUGCAGUGUGUCGCCGCCAUUCAGAAGGAGAAUCGCAAAUUCUGCCUUUCAGCAGAGGGACUCGGCAACCGCCUGUGUUAUCUAGAGCCCACGUCAGAGGCGAAGUAUUUUCCUCCUGACCUAUGCAUCUGCAACUUUGUGCUGGAGCAGUCGCUCUCAGUGCGGGCCCUGCAGGAGAUGCUUGCAGGGCAGAGCGGUGAAGGGAGGCUUAUAAGACGGGCAGCACAGGGAGGUGGACAUCGGACACUGCUCUACGGUCACGCCAUCCUCCUUAGGCAUUCCUUCAGUGGAAUGUAUCUCACAUGCCUAAAGACUUCCAGGUCUCUGACAGACAAACUGUCUUUUGAUGUUGGCCUUCAAGAGGAUUCAACCG